AUGGACCUUCCAUUCCCACCAGUGACGAAGGCGCACAUAGUGAACUGUGCAGUCCACAAAUGGCAUCCAAAAUACAAGAACGUAACCCCCAAGACUCGAAUCAUACCACUAAGUCGUCCGUUCGUCGAAUACCUCCGAGCGGACGGCAUAGUGCUUCCCGAAGACGAUGCGGCCAUUCAACAAACGGAGUGUGACAGCGAUAGUGGCUUCUACUCGUCAGACAAUGUGGAUACCGACGAUGAGCCAACUGACACAAGGGAUGUAGCUGCAGAGUGGCGAGAAACCCACGAUCGCAUCAAAGCGACUAUCGCUGAGCUCGGCGGCGUUGUACUACCGAAGCUCAACUGGUCUGCACCCAAGGACGCAACCUGGAUGAACGCCACAAACAGUAUGGAGUGCAGAUCUCCUGACGACAUUUAUCUGCUCCUCAAAAGCUCAGACUUCGUCACCCACGACCUUGAACAUGCCUUCGAUGGGUGCGUCAACACGCCAGAAUGCUCGUUGAACCAGGCAGAUAUCUCUUACCAUCUCGUGCUCCGGAAGCACUUCCAGCUGAACCCAGCUUUUGAGUUUCGCUGUUUCGUACGCAAUCGCCGGCUCAUAUGUCUCUGCCAACGAGAUCUCAACCAUCACCCGCUCUUGUUCAAGAUCCGGGACAAGCUGUGCAGCACUAUCAGGCUGUUCUUCGAAACACGACUACGCGAUACAUUCGAAGACGAUGACUUCGUCUUUGAUUGCUAUGUGCCUGCGCCGCAUGAUAAGGUGUGGUUGAUCGACAUCAAUCCGUGGGACGCAAGGACCGACCCGAUACUUUUCGGUUGGCUUGAGAUUCUGACAAUGGACGAGCCGGGUUCUCGCCCACGCGAAGAUCAAAGCCCGACAACAAGCGACCAAGCAGGAACGAGAUCUGCGGACGACACCUCAGCGGGAGACAGCUCGGAUGCAGAAAGCGACGUGGACGAGGAGAUCUGGUCGCCUGAGCUGCGCCUAAUCAACCCCGGCGAUCCCGAGACAUCGCUCGCAACGCCUCAAUACAGCGCGCAUAAGCUACCGCGAGACGUUGUGGAAGCAAGUCAGAAUGGAGAGAGUCUGCUCGAGUUCGCGAAGGAUUGGCAGAAUAUCUUAGCGAGACGGCAGCAGACGGACGCUGAGCACGGCGAUAGUGAAAGUGAAUGA